AUGGGCUCAAUUGGAUCAAAACUAUGUCAUAACAACUACCGGAAUGAGAAACGGCUACUAAUGCUGGGCCUGGACUCUAGCGGCAAGACAUCGGUGGCCGAGCGGAUCAGCUACUGGACCAACGAACCGGUGCUGACUCUACCCGGGCGUGACUUCACGGUAUGGCACGUCAAAUAUAAGGGCCACGGGUUUACCCUAUGGGACUGCUCGGGCGGUCGCAAGUCGCGCGACUUAUGGCGCAACCAUUACACGGGAACUUACGGUCUGGUGUUUGUGGUGGACGCCGGCGACCGGCACCGGGUGUCUGAGGCCAAGCGUGUGUUGCACUCGAUAUGUAGUGAUAGAGAGAUGAAGGACGUGGUGGUACUGGUGUUGGUCAACAAACAGGACCGGCCUAAUGGUGGGUGUGCUAUGAGAGCCAAAGAGAUUGAGUUUAUACUAGGAAUGAAUCGUUUGCGUCAAAAACACUGGUAUAUCAAAGAGUGUAGCGCUCGGGACGGCCGCGGGUUCACCGACUGUUUGCUGUGUUUUGUGCCCCAUAUGUCUGGACACCCACUCCACCGGUCGGCGUAUACCAUGGUUGACACGUUUUAUUAA